CUUUACCUCCAACCAUGUUUACAUCAUUCACUCUGACCAUAAUCUUGGCAUCACUUACACCUCAUAUCGCAUUCGCCUUUCCAAUUCAAGACGAUGAUACCGAGCGCCAGUGGGAUCCAUUCAGCUUCACGUGGUUCGUUUGGGGCGGUCUUUUCGGCGCUGUGUACGCUGUCCGAGCAUGCGGGUACUACAGAGGCCCAAAGAGUCCUCACCAAAUUCGGUCGGUUCUUUACUACUCGUUACUUGCCAUAAUCCAACUGGGUCUGUCAAUCUGUCUUUAUGCCGUGGAUGACUCCACAAAACUUCCCGGUCUAUACCGUACAUUACUGGUUGGACUUACUGUGGCGCUUGCAGUUGGAGUGCUUAGUUUUGUCAGUAUGACUCUUAUAGCUCUUUUCUGGUCAAGACCAGCUACAGUAUCCCAACGCGACGAGCGCUCUCGUCUGUGGCCUGAACAGGUCUCUGCGUAGCUUUAUUGCCGUUAAUAAAAGAUUAUACCACUAGAAUGAGAAGGUGACC